UCGGACAGGGUGGUGUGCUACCCCUCUCUCGCGAUUUCGCGGCUCCGUUGUGUGCGUGUGCGCAUACGUCAGCUUGCCAUGCGAGACGUACCACGUUGUACGUCUCCCCGAGCGGUUGUGCCUCGGACACGCGUUGACAGAUACGAAGCGUGAGGAAGUGAGUCCACGAACAGUAUUUUGAGUCACUGCGAUCUCCAGGUCACCGUGAUUUUAAAUUGUCGCGAGAAAAUCAGAGCGUGUCGAGCGGAGCCGAGAUACGUUGCUCAAUCAUAAAUUAUUCGUCAGAACGCGCAGAACGAUUGACUGUACAACGCAAUCCGCGUAAUCGCGCGCCGCUCCGAGCUGUCACGCGAAACCAUCGCUCAUUUAAAUGGAGCAACCCGACGAAACUGUCGUUCGUCGAAGCUCACAGCCGUCCUCGAUAUCCACUGCCGCAUAAACGCACGACGGGGCACGCUCGAGCGAAUGAAAAAUUCGAUAAAGGCGGAUCGUUUUCCAUUCGGGAGGAACGCCGCGACGACGAGGAGGAGGAGGACGACGACGACGAAACGCGAAAAAGGUCCACUUGACUCCGCGAGAUCGAGCGCGGCGCGAACGCUGGCGCGUUCUCUUUCAAAAGACGAUUGUACCGAAUUCGUCAUCCACGCGUCGACGAUCACCGGCGAUCAAAUGUACAUCGACUGACGUUCAAAGGGAUAUAUAUAGGGCGGAGUGGAUGCUCCGAGCCAACGACGCGACGCGACGCGAGACGCCAGGACGCCCCCGUAAUUCGCGCGCCGUACAGAUGUCCUUUCGCGUGUACGAGGAUCCUUUUCAGCGGAUGUGCGCACGGCGGGAGAGAUAGAUCGUCUUCGACGUAAUCUGCCGUUGACGUGACCUAGCCUAACUUUUAGCUCCGAACUCCACCUGGUCUCUUCGUCCACCCCCCUCCCCUCCGUCGCGUCUCCCAGGCUUAUCGUGUGUGUGAGAGUGUGUGUGACGGCGCGCGCGGCUGUUCUUCCAAACUGUGUCCCGUCGGAUGGGGUGUAACUUCGCGCAUUAGCUGGGGAAUUAACGACGCACGCCGAAGAUGCAGUAAAGGAUUCAGCUCUUGCGGAAGUUAUCACGUUCGGACAUCGACACGGGCCUGUGACCACCUUGCGACCAUCACGAUGCUAGGAACGUGCUUGAUGACCGAUGCGGUCAGGACAGCGGAUAGUUAGUGAUGAGGAGGAGCAAGUUAUCGGCGUGCCGACGGCCCAGGUCACCAGUAACAUGCCAGUCCUUGGUCCCAGCGCCGAUCCAACUCCACUUCGAGGACUUCUGAUCGCCAUCUUCGUCCUAUUGUCCCUGCCGCGUUGUCGCUGCACGGAUCUAGGACAAUGCACUACAGCGUUGGGCAUGGAGAGCGGAGAAAUCCCUGAUGAAGACAUCUCGGCGAGUUCUAUGUACGAUCCCAGCCUUGGACCGAAACAUGCCAGGCUACGACAAGACAAGGGCGGUGGCGCUUGGUGCCCGAGAAAUAUGGUAACCAAGGAAGGCAAGGAAUACCUGGAGGUGAACCUGCACACCCCGCGUUUACUGACGUCCACCAAGACGCAGGGCAGAUUCGGCAACGGCAACGGGGUCGAGUACACCGAGGAGUACUUUGUCGAGUAUUGGCGGCCAGGGUUCAACAAGUGGGUGCGAUGGAGGAAUCGACGUGGCGUAGAGGUUUUGUUGGGCAAUAACAAUCCAUAUAAGGAAGAGGAGCAGAUCUUCGAUCCAGCUAUAGUCGCAACAAAAAUCCGCUUCAUCCCUUACACCUCUCACAUGCGUACAGUGUGUAUGCGCGUAGAGCUUUACGGCUGUUCUUGGACGGAGGGUCUCGUCUCGUAUUCCAUGCCCCAAGGAAUCAAGAGGGGCUCCGAGGUUGACCUUUCCGACAGGACGUAUGAUGGCCGCGAAGAAGCGGGUUACCUCUCCGGGGGACUUGGUCAACUUGUCGACGGGCAAAGGGGUUCCGACAACUUCAGAUUGGACGUCAGCGGCAACGGAAAGGGAUACGAAUGGGUCGGCUGGCGAAACGACACACCCAACAUGCUCGGACGUCCGGUGGAAAUAACUUUCGAGUUCGACUACUCGAGGAACUUCACUGCCAUACACCUACACAUGAACAAUUACUUCACGAAGGACGUGCAGGUCUUCUCGUACGCGAAGGUCUACCUCGGCACAGGUGGCAACCAGUUUACCGGCGAGCCUGUCCAUUUCUCUUACAUCCCCGAUCAGGUGCUCGAGCAGGCGCGCGAGGUCACCAUAAAGCUGCAUUCGCGCGCCGGCCGUUUCCUAAAGUUGCAGCUCUACUUCGCCGCACGGUGGAUCAUGCUCAGCGAAGUAAUCUUCGAAUCAGUUAUCUCCGAAUGGAACAAUACCGAGGACGAGGAGGCGAAGAACAAGAGCGCCAUUGUACUGGCGACCGGCAGCCCCUAUCAAAAUAACGAGGGUCCACUGCAGAGAGACGAAGUGAAGGCUACUUUUAAUAAGGAGGAAAGCAAAGAUAACACCUUUCCAGAUAAGAGCAAGGAACCGGAAUCGAGGCAGUUCGUCGGUUUAGUUAUCGGCAUCCUGACGACCGUAAUUGUGAUGCUGCUCGCGGCGAUCAUGUUCAUCUUCUAUAGGAACCGUAGGCUCAAAGCUGCUCUCGCACCGUCAAACUUCUACGAUCAACAGGGUGAUCUCAAGGUCUCCGUGCCGGACGAGGGCGAGGACAAGGGACCAAUUUGCCCGCCGCUUCCGGCGCAGUAUCAACCAGCCACCUACAGCACGACGACGCCGCAAUUACACAAAACCGUCACGGAUUACACCGGGAUCAACGAGGUGCAGCCGGUUAUUCCGCUCCUGCUUAACUCGACGAUCAAUCUUGCCAGGCCAAUUCCGGCGGUCCAAGAAUAUCCGUCUAACCCGCCGCCCAUACCGCCCCCGCCGGAAAAGUAUUACGCCAGUACGGAGAUCUGUAAGAGUCCUCUACCACCACUGCCACCAUCGCCGACACCGAGUACGCCACCGCCAACGAGCGCGAAAGCCUCUAGCAGCGUAACUAGCUACAGUCCGGAGGAUAUGCUCACGGAGGAAGAGGAGGAGAUACCCGAGUGCGUCCUUGAUUUUCCACGGGAAAAACUCAACAUCGUUGAAAAUCUUGGCUGCGGAUACUUCGGCGAUGUUCACCUCUGCGAGGUCGACAGGUUUCCUGGAUACGACGAGGUCUUCAGAAAUACCUCCAGCGAUCUAGUUAUUGUUAAAUCCUUAAAGCCAGGAUCUUCUGACGCUCUUAGGAUAGAAUUUCAACAGGAGGCAAAGAGACUGGUACGACUCGCCGAUCGAAAUGUCGCGCGGCUACUCGGUGCCAGCCUCGAGGACGAUCCCAUGUGCAUCGUAUUGGAAAACGGCGAAUACGGGGAUUUGAAUCAAUACCUGCAGAGUCACAUCGCCGAAACUUCCAACUUGCACACGGCCAAAACGCUCAGACAGGGAAGGCACACGUGCAAGGGCGACGUCUGGGCGUUUGCCGUCACGCUGUGGGAAAUUCUGACGUUCGCGCGCGAGCAGCCCUUUGAGGAGUUUCCGGAUCAUCGAAUAGUGGAGAACGCGACUUUCUUUUAUCAAGAGGAUGAACGAAGGAUGAUACUACCGCUGCCAAAGAACUGUCCUAAAGAGAUCUACGAUCUGAUGCGCGAGUGUUGGCAGAGAAACGACGUCGACCGACCAAACUUUCGCGAGAUCCAUCUGUUCCUGCAACGAAAAAAUCUCGGUUACAAGCCCGGCGAGUCGAACGACACCUGAUAUAGAGAACUGGAAGGCUGGAACCUCAUCCGGCUUUCUAUGAUCGGCGAGUUAAACGGCAAUUGGUGGAACUGCCCUUCAUCGACCAAGUUAGACCAAGUCAGACCAAGUUAGUACUUAGGAUGACGAUCCGUAAAUCGGCUAUAAACGAGCAUGAAUUGUUUGUGCGGCAUGGUCGGAUGCGUUCACAGUGUCGAUGAUAACUAUAUUGUACGAUGGCACUUACGAAGAUGUUAGGAAUCUACGAGCUGAUCGCGCCAAGAAACUUUCCACGGUUCACGACAUUAAUAUCACAUUUUUUUGGCCGUUGACAUACAUCGUUGUGAAUAGCGCUGUGAAUUUAAUCGAUAACUGGUAUGAACCGCACAAAUCACCGUCGCCGUAGCGUCCGUGUGGAAACUACAAAGACAUUAUCUAUACAAAAUUUACUUUUUUAAUGAUUUCUUUGCGCGAAUCAAAACUGCAGAACGUUAUCGCUGCAAAUGGAUUGACAUCUGUCUCACCGAGAUACGCAUAAUCUAAGAAUGCGCAAUGCUUGACGAUAGCGAUAGAUUAUUAAUUUUAUAAGCACACUAUUUUUUAAUCUGCGAGAUAUUAAAUUUUGUAUAGAUCAUUUGAUUGACAUAUCAUUGGAAAUUUGUGAUUAUUAUGUUACACGCUUAAUUAACGUGAAAGCUACUCGAUCUUCCGGCUUGUUCUCUCGUGCAACUUCUUUUCUCGUUUCUCUUUUCUUUCUUUGCUCAUUAUUCUUAUAUCAAUCUACAGAAGUUACGGAUUGACGGAUAGUCCGAGCGAUAAUGAUACCGAGUACCCACGACAUCGAGUAUCCACGUCCGUGCAAUCGAAAUCGAUAGAUUAUGAUUUUGAUCCGUGGCAUUCGAUACGAAAUGGAACGUCACUAGUGCUGGCAAUAUGAGGGGAGCACGUUCGAUAAAUCGCACAUACGCUGUUCCGAAAUUGAUACUGUCAGCAAACAAGCUUAUGAUAUUCCCGCCGUAACGGCACUCGUGUCACGUUCGGGGAUAUACGUGGAUCGGGCUCGAAAAUCGCGCGUUCUACGUAACAUUUCCACCGACGAUAACGUAGUCAUUUCUGAACUCCGAUCCUUGAAAUGAAAAAAAGUGGACCUUUAGAUCGGAGUCUCGCCGACUUUUUCGUGAGAUUACGUUAUUUGUUCUCGGGCCUUUUUUAUAUGUCGGUUUCAUAACGUGUUUCAUAACGUGUUCAUAACGAAAAAGAAAUUUGUUUUCCCACAAAAAAAGAAUAGAUCUAUAUAUACACGUAUACAUAUACCAUUUUUAAGACAAUUAAGCGCGUUGUUGUUUUUAGGAAAGCAAAAUCUACGAGCGUAUACGACCGAAUCGAUCACAAUAUUAAUCAAUGUGUUUCCGCGAACAAAACUACUUAUAGCCUUUGCUCCGUUUUAUUUUUCAACCUAUCGAGAAGACAAAUGUAAAGACAGGCUAAUUAUCGUUCAUCCAACCGUUUAAUUGCACGACCAAUAUCCUUCCCUCCAAUUCACUCGGACGACGAUUUCUCUCGUUAACUUUUUAAUUGAACUCUCGCCACAGCGGCGCGCAGAAAGAAUUAUACGAACGUCGCUUCAAGGAGCUUAUCAAUGCACAAAAAAAUUUAUGAAAUGGGUUAAGAGGAACAGUUCUGUAAAAUUAAUCAUUGCGUCGUACGGGAAGCAUUUUUCGCGAAGAGUACUCUUAAGCCGCGCGUUAAGUUUGCGUUAAGUUCUCUUAAACUACUCUUAAGCUUAAGAUGCGCUUAGCCAAAGUGCAUAAAUGUUUGACAAUACCAUUAGAGGUUGCAGUAUAAAUUCAUAUAAAGUGUGUAAAGAAUGUUGAAGGAUUAAUCGACAAUGUAAAUUAUUAGAUCAUUCUAUAAGACCGCGGCAUUCUAUUGGCGGUCGUAUCGCAUAAUCGUUUUAGGGUUGUUAGCUCUAUCGAUACACAAAACUUCUCUCGUGCCCCGUUGCUCGACAUUCGGCAAGAACCGUAAUAUGUCGGAUAUAUCGUGAUUCUAGAUGGGGAAAACAGGAGUACAUGUGACCUGAUGUUAAGUUUAUAGUAUGGAAUAGAGAUGGGCGAUUUACCCGGUAAAUGUUUCUGCUGCAUUUGAUAUGCAUAAAAAUUCGAUCGGCUCUCCAAACAAUCUAUAUAGACUAUAAACGUUUGAUAUAAUCCGCUUAACUAUAUAUAUUAUGUAUACAUGCUUUCUUUUGACGAUCAAAUUUAUGAGGUCAUCAUUUAUUCUUUGGACUCUUUUGUCCCCCUACUCGACCUGAUACACAUAUCCCAACAGUAAAAUACAUUUCCAGGUAAAUGGCUGUCGUUAGUAUGAAAUACUGAAAGACUUAUAUACUUGUUAGAAUGGUUCUGUACGUAUAUAGCGAAAGGAAAACAAUAGUUGUGCGAAACGCGACGAGAGAUAUUCCGUGACGUCCAAAAACUUGUACGUCGCGUAAAUCCCGAUACGUUGUUCUAGGUACCUAGCCUCGCGCAGGCUAAGAAAACUCAUGCUCGUGAUCUGUAAGAUAAUUAAAAGUAGAACAUAUAAGCGAUGAAUGUGUACAAUUAAGCAAUUAUGGAAAAAGAUUCUCAUUCCUUUUUUGUAACGUGUCCUUCGUGGAAUUUAUUUUAUGAUUUAUAUCAGAAGCGAAAUCAGUUAAAAAGACUAUAUCUCAUUGUCAGAUUAAUAUGGAAUGAGUCCAUUAAUAAAUGUCCUUUUUAAUUUUUUAAUCUUUAUAUCGUUAAUCUUUGUAUUUUCAUAUUUUCUAUUAAUGAUUUUAUCUGUUUCUCUUAUAUUUUCGUUUUCAUUAUUUAAACAUUAUCCAGAUCGCUAAUUAAAAAUUCAUUAGUUGGAUCAAGAUUCAAGGUUCUGUAAAUUGACAACGACAAAUAAACGACGGAUCAAGGAUGUUUUGCACGAUUUCGCUUGAUUGUCGCUUGAUUAAUUGUGAAAAUGCGAAGUCUAAUUAUUGACGUGACGUUGAUGAAUUAAUAUAUAAAGGUUAAGAAUAUCUUAAGGACUACUGCCACUGCGUUAGCGAAACGAAUAUAUCGAGUGAUAUCAAUCGCGACCUUUCGAUUCGAGGUUCAGCGAUCAAUACUUUAUAAAAUAUCUCAAUUCUUUAUAUACCCAUGUUCAAUCUUUCAAAUGUAUGUAAUUGAUACGAUCGCCAGAAAAUCCGAAUGUGUUCGAUCCUGCAGGAUUCACGGAUGUAUCUUUUACAGGGCCGAUGUAUAUACAUAUAAUCACUUAAGAGAAUAUAUUAUGUGGUGAUAAUUUUAGACUACAGCUUCCUGCACGAUCGAACGUGUGUGACUCAAACUACAUUAUUGUACUUCUUCCUACAAAAAGAAAUGUAAAAUUAGAAACUUUCGCGUAUACUUGUAUCAGUCCUUUUAAUUUACUCAACGAGAAGGUUCAACAUCGUGGAUUAUAUUAUUGACACUUAACGAAAGUGUAGUAAAUUAUUUUAUAUAAAAAAAAUUUGCUUUAAAUAAUAAACAUAUCUUUCUGAUGAUAGAAUUAUCAUAAUUAUCAUUGAAAAUUCAACAUAUCGCAUACAUAUCGUCGUCUCUAUUGACUUCAAAAGAUGAUUGAUUUUAAUAAAUCAACUUACAACGACAGUUCUUUCUGUAGGAAGCGUUCUCCUUGACGUUCAGAGAAAAAACCGUAAGUGUGAAAAUUAUUAUAGAUUAUUACGUAAUCUAAUCGACUCCGCCGACUAUUUAUUCUCAACAUAGCGAUAAUCUAUUAAACAGACGGAAAAGAACACUUUGUACAUUUUUUAAUAAUGAAAAAACCUUAACUGUUGUAAAUGCAUCGACUCUGGGAUCUCGCCAUUAUACGUUUCUUCCAACGAGUGCAUCGGCGAAGUGAUCGAAAGUGGAUCAGGCCGCAGAAUUGAGAAAUUCCAUCCACUGCAGAAGCCUCCUUAAAUCACGCACAGUGAUAUUACAUAAACUUGAUAUACAGCGUAAUUAUUAAGAUACGUUAAAUAAUAAACGAAGAUAAGCAGGACUUGUAGUAAAGUGAGAGAAAGAACAUUUGCAAAAUUUAUACAAUGAGAUUUUAUAUACCGUCUCGAAAACUGCCCGACGUCGCUUAAUCGCCUAAUACGUAUAACACAAUUCAAUGCCAUCGACCAAUAUAUGUCGAGGAAGACAAUAUCGCAAAAUGCGCUUCGGCAGUGGUACAAAAUACGAUUCAAUGAGAAAAGAACUUUACCAUUUCUCCGCGGCGAACGAAAAAGAUUUACACAAUUUAUUCGGGCAUCGCUCGAGCGUAUCCACCGUUCGCUCUGGAGUCUGAUUUUCGUUGAACAACGCAUUCUCUCUUUUACCAGCUCAAACGAGCUCUAUUUUUCAUGCGUACGCAGCCAAUGGCAGCGGCCCGAUCGCGCACUCGCCUCUCGCCGUUAGACGCAAACAAAAGUCGAAACUCGGACGCUCCCCGAGUACACGCGGAUUCCGCGUUUGCCGAUGGAAUUUAAUAUCUGCUGCCUUCGUUACGAAACACACGGCCAUCGCUUUUUUCCCCACCCUUUUCCCCACUCGUUCGCCUCAUCCCUCACUAUUCAUUCUUCGCGCUCGUUUCUCAAUGCGAUCGAGGAGGUAUCGGCCGGAGAGAGAGACACGAUCUUUUGCUUAAAAUACAUACGAUAGAAUCGAACGAGAUGGAACAGCAGUGUUCGGAACACAAAUCGAAUUAAAUUCCUGCAUUUCGCGUAUAACAUCGCUGUUGUUCGGAUGCAUCGCAUGCCAAUUUGGGAAUUCUUUGAUUUCCAGGUAGCCACACUGACAUACUCGCGUGAGUGAAAUAUGUAUGAGAACAUUUGAUAAUUGAUUCUUUGUUAAAAAUAUUCUGUAUAACAAAAGAAAAUCUGUAUUACAUCUGUGUAUCGCGUAAAAUUUAAUAAUAUAGAAAAGUAAUCGAUAAUUUGUGAAUUUAAUGUUUCACAAGUUUCUACGAUUUUAUUUUCAAAAUAUUCGCGUAAGCGUGAGCUGGCUUCUGAUUUCUCAAAAUCUCAAGUUAUUUGAGACGAUAUAAACAUUGCGAUAUAUAUAAAGAGAUGCUUUUAUUGAUUUCGUGUAGAGAACCCGACAUAUAUCUCCAGUUCGCAUUCGUCUAUCAUAUUAUUGUUGUCUGUAGUAAUUUAAGUAAAAACCGUGCGUUCACUCUGUCUCUCCCUCUCUUCCUCUCCCUCUCUCUCUCUCUCUCUCUCUCUCUCUCUCUCUCUUGCGCGCGCGCGCGCACGCCCACGACAGCCUUUAGACAAAUAAAUAUCGUCGUUCCAAGCUGCUAGACAUGCACGGCGAAACGGCACACGCCAAUCUCUGCGUGCAAAUAUAAACGGCGAAAUGGGUUGUAAAUAAGCAAACUGCGCACGGCGGGUCACUAGUAUAAAGCCAGUUAUCUAUUGUUAUCGGCGGACAUAUUGACUACUGUACGCGAUCAGACGUACCCUUCCCCGGCUGUCUCCUUCCUCCCUUGCGAUCCUGUAUAAAUGUCACGCAUCUGUAUUUAAUACGUUUGUACAUAGCGAUUCGUUUUCAAUAAAUAUUCAACGCUUUGA